AUCUGAAUAUCUGUAGCAACCCAGGAAUCUAAUUUGGUGCCUCCUAAAUAAUUGUGUUCCAUCUCCUGACAUUUAUUUUUAAAAUCUACAAUAUGUCAUGCUUUUCUUAAUGUUUUUUAAUGUGGAACAAUUCCACAGCCUUUAUAUUUUUUCGUUCUUGAUAUUUUUGAAGAGUAUAGAGGCAAGUUAUUUUGGAGAAAGUCCCUCACUUGGUGUUUAUCUGAUAGGUUCCGUGUUUAGGUUCAGUUCAUGCAUUGUUGGUAGAGAUUUCACAGAAGUGGUGAGGUGUCCUUGUCAUUUGCAACAUAGCAGGAGCUGUCGGUUUGUCCCUACAUUGGCGGAUUCAACUUUGUUCACUAGGCCAAGGUGAUGUCCGUCAGAUAUCUCUGUUGUAAAGUUACUAUUUUUUUCCCCGAAAUCAAUAGUUUUUUCUGGAGAGAAACAUUUAUUAGUGGGCAUUUUAUUGCAAAGACAAGCUUCCCUCCCCGCCCCACACUUAUUUAUUCAUUCAUUCAAAUAUAAAUAUUCUAUCAGUAGUUUUACUAAUAUUCUAUUAAUAGUUUAAUUAAAUGAUGUGUAAAUUAACAUUUAUUUUAACCAACUGGAGGUAUAUUGUACAUACCAUAGAAUUCUCCCAUUUCAGGUGUACAAAUCAAUGAGUUGUAAUUUUGCUGAGUGGUUCGACCAUUGCCAUAAUUCAGUUUAGAGUAUUUUUGUUUCCCCAAUUGUAUUCCUCAUGCCCAUUUGCACGUAAGCCCCAUUCUCUUCCCAGAUACCCAGGCACCCACUAACCUACGUUCUGUCUCCAUAGAUUUGCUUAUUCUGGGCAUUUUAAUAGACUGAACCAUACAAUAUGUGGUCUUGUGACUGGUGUUUUUGCACUUUCCACAGUGUUUACAGGGUUCAUUCAUGUCGUAGCAUAAUCAGGCCUUCAUUUCUUUUAACUGGCCAAUAAUAUUCCAUUGUAUGAUUAUGCCACAGUUUGUCUCUUCAUUGGCAUAUAGGUCAACAUUGUGAUUGUCCUCAGUUUUAGAUUACUAUGAAUGAUGCUGCUAUAAAUAUUCGCAUGCUAAUUCACAGUAAUUCACGUGUUGUCCGUGUUCGUGAGCAGCAUCCAGGCCACUCUUUCGUGUCUAUUUUUCUGUCUUUGCAGGCACUGCUAGGCAAUUUUGCCCUUCUGGGAUCUGUACCACUCAGGCCUGCACUUGACCUCAGAAGUAGGAGGAAAAAUGACCACAUCCAAGGGCGUCACCCCUUCAAACAUGACGUAUUCUACUUAGAACAGGAAAAAAGGCUUUGGAUGAUGACAGUAACCCAAACAGAAGGGAAAUCAGGAGGAAAGAUCCAAAGUGAGAUAAAGACCAUUCCAGAAGCAGGACCAUGUGAAGAGCUUUUCUGCUGGCAGAUCUGGCAACAGAUUGCAAGUGACUUAACCAGGCAUCAAGACUCGAUUAUAAAGAGCUUUCAGUUCCCCAGACAAGGCGAUUCACCCAGCCAGGUUGGGACAGGACUAUCCAUAACUCACACAGGCCAGAAACCUUACCAGUGUAAUGAAUGUAAAAAAUCUUUCAAUGAUGUCUCCAAGUUUGAUCUUCAUCAACAGAUACACUCAGGAGAGAAGUCUCAUAUGUGUAGUGAGUGUGGAAAAAGCUUCUGUUAUAGCUCAGCACUCCGUAUUCAUCAGAGAGUUCACUUGGGAGAGAAACGCUAUAAAUGUGAUGAGUGUGGUAAGGAAUUCAGUCAGAACUCACAUCUACAAACCCAUCAGAAAGUCCACACUGUAGAGAAACCGUUCAGAUGUGAGGAAUGUGGGAAAGGCUUCAGUCACAGAUCAACACUUACUGUUCAUUGUAAGUUACACACAGGAGAGAAACCUUAUAAUUGUGACAAAUGCGGAAGGGCCUUUAUUCAUGCGUCCCAUCUUCAGGAACAUCAGAGAAUCCACACUGGGGAAAAACCGUUCAAAUGUGAUAUAUGUGGGAAGAACUUCCGUCGUAGGUCAGCACUUAAUAGCCAUUGUAUGGUCCAUACAGGAGAGAAACCAUACAAAUGUGAAGACUGUGGGAAGUGUUUCACUUGUAGCUCAAAUCUGCAUAUCCAUCAGAGGGUCCACACAGGAGAGAAACCUUAUAAAUGUGAGGAGUGUGGUAAGUGCUUCAUUCAACCUUCACAAUUUCAGGCUCAUCGGAGAAUCCAUACUGGAGAGAAACCGUAUGUAUGUAAACAGUGCGGUAAGGGCUUCAUUUACAGUUCAAGUUUUCAAGCCCAUCAGGGAGUUCAUACAGGAGCGAAACCAUAUAAAUGUGAUGACUGUGGGAAGAGCUUCAGGAUGAAAAUCCAUUAUCAAGUUCACCUCGUGGUCCACACAGGAGAGAAACCCUAUAAAUGUGAGGUAUGUGGGAAGGGCUUCCGUCAGAGUUCGUAUCUUAAAAUCCAUCAGAAGGCCCACAGUAUAGAGAAACCUUAUAAGUGUGAGGCAUGUGGGCAGGGCUUCAACCAGAGUUCACGACUUCAGGUUCACCAGCUGAUCCAUACUGGGGAGAAACCGUACAAAUGUGAAGAGUGUGGGAAGGGCUUCAGUCGUAGAGCAGAUCUCAAAAUUCAUUGCAGGAUCCACACGGGAGAAAAACCAUAUAAUUGUGAGGAGUGUGGAAAGGUCUUCAGCCAGGCCUCACAUCUUCUGACCCAUCAGAGGGUCCACAGUGGAGAAAAGCCAUUCAAAUGUGACGAAUGUGGGAAGAGCUUCGGGCGGAGUUCGCACCUUCAAGCCCAUCAAAAAGUCCACACCAGAGAAAAGCCAUACAGAUGCGAGGAGUGUGGGAAGGGCUUUAAGUGGAGCUUGAAUCUCGACAUGCAUCAGAGGGUCCACACAGGAGAGAAACCAUAUAAGUGUGGGGAGUGUGGGAAGCACUUCAGUCAGGCCUCAAGCCUUCAGCUGCAUCAGAGUGUCCACACUGGGGAGAAACCGUACAAAUGUGAUGCAUGUGGGAAAGUCUUCAGUCGAUCUUCACAGCUUCAGUACCAUGGGCGAGUUCACACAGGGGAGAAACCUUACAAGUGUGACAUGUGUGGUAAGACCUUCAGUUGGCGGUCCAAUCUUGUAAGUCAUCACAAAAUUCAUGGUGAUACAUUUUAUGAAAGUGAUGAAAGUGGUAAAAACAUCAAAGAAUUGUCAGCGGCAAAAAGUUCUACAAAAUGACAUUUCUUUAAAAACUCGUGCAACCCAAAUUCUUAAAAUCAUCAGUUUUCAUAGAGAAAAUAUUCGAUUUAGUUCAGUUGGUGUUUAAGCAAUAGCUGAGUAUAUUUCAAUUUUCAGCAGGCCACACAGUUGUAAAUGGUGCAGUAAACACUUCAGAACUUUGACGUUUAUCAGACGUGACUUAGGAGAUGGGACUUAGAAAGGGAAAGCAUUUUGUCUGGCCUUUAAUGGAAAUGUGAUGAUGGGCAAGCCAGAAGUGAUACCCCCAGAAUGUAAGCUCCAUGAGGGCAACGUGUUUACUGCUGAGUCACAUCAUCCAUAACAUCAACUCAUGCUAGUGGGUGUCCUCAGAACUUGUAUGUUAAAUACACGCAAAGGAGAAAAUGUACAAUAUGUGAAAUUGUAUCCAGAGGAGGGAACCUACAAAAUAAAAUUAAUUCAGGGAGAGGAACAUUUGUUGAAAUGUGGAAAGUCAUUCAGUAUCGCAGUCUGUGAUAUUAAUAUGGUAUUAGUCACCCUAUUGCAGUUGGCUCCUGUCUUCCCCACAGCCCCUGUUCUCAAGUUGGAUUCUAAUUAUUUGGGGCCCUGUCUUGUUUUCCAAGGAUUGUGUACAGCAUAACUGAACUACCUUGUAAUUUUUCUGACAGUACAGAUUGAAAAAUUUUUUUUUUACCUUUACAAGAAGUUGCUGCAUAUUACACAGUUGACUUUUAUAUAUCAAUGUUAAGGCAGGGGUUUACUGGAACACUCUGAAAGUGUCCCAGGUAGUUCAAUGACAGUUUUCUUAGUCUUGAAUUUAUUAUUGAUUUCUAAUGAUCUGCAUUUCCAAUGAACUUUGAAAUGUUUGCCUUCUAAUUACUGUGGCAUUUCUCUUAUCAAAACUUCUCAGGUAGGAGCUAGGCCAUAUUCUUCCCCCAUACCCAUGAAAUGAAUACCCAAAAAACUUGUGGGAAUGCGUUAAUUUUAUCAAAUGUAUUAUUGAGACAAGACUGAUGUUUAUAUUGCCUUUCCUAUUGCUAGCGGUGAAGCACAGUUUUGGGAAAGGAGUGCAUAUAAAAAUAUAGGUUGUACAUCUCUUUGAUCUGGAAAUCAUAUAAUUGGAAGUUACGAUUAAGAGAUUAAAAUACCAAGAAGAUGAAUGCCACAUCAAUGACGCCAUUGAAUUUUUAAAAAUGGAAAUAAGUAUACAUCUAUAGGAAUUUGAGUUUUGAUGUAUUCCUAUUUUAACCUAAGCCAUUAAAAUUAUGGCAGAUAUCUGUAAUAACAGGAGAAAUAUGUAACAUGGGCUUUGAGAGAUCAAAAAUUGGAGUCUUCAUAGCAUAACCUUUGGGAGUGUGUUUAUGUGUGUGUUUGCACAUGUACAUGUGUAUAUGUAUACAUGUGUAAGAUAAUGUGUAAAGGGGUGUUCUUCAUGUGGUUUCCCUUGCAAGAAGCAUUUUGUGGUAUUUUUCCAUUUUAUAGCUUCUUAAGUUAUGUUUUAGUAUUUCACUGAACAUUGAAUAUUACCAAAGCAGUAAACAACUACAGUUGAA